CUGGCAGCGGAGCUUUGAAUAGGGAAGUUUUGCAGGGGUUACGUUUGCAGUCAGUCCGGUGUUUGCAAAUAUUGUGUGGGCUCCGUGCGCUGCGGGCUGUUGGAGGGUCCGGACCGGGCGUCUGCUGGCCGUGCCAUUGAGUUUGCAUGAAACUUUCACCUGCGCUCGCGGGGAGAGUUUCAGCUCCGACUCCAGACCGCACACCUCCUUGUGUUCCCGACAGCGGGGACUGUCUUUUCCAACCCGACAUGGAUGUGCUCCCAAUGUGCAGCAUCUUCCAGGAACUCCAGAUUGUGCACGAAACGGGCUACUUCUCGGCGCUCCCGUCCCUGGAGGAAUAUUGGCAACAGACCUGCCUGGAAUUGGAACGUUACCUCCAGAGCGAGCCCUGCUAUGUCUCAAGCUCAGAAAUCAAAUUUGACAGCCAGGAAGAUCUGUGGACCAAAAUUAUUCUGGCUCGAGAGAAAAAGGAGGAAUCCGAACUCAAGAUUCAUUCUAGUCCUCCGGAGGAUUCUCUCAUGAGUCCGGACUUUAGUUAUAACUUAGAGACCAACAGCCUAAACUCAGAUGUCAGCAGCGAAUCAUCUGACAGCUCGGAGGAACUUUCACCCACUUCAAAGUUUACCUCUGACCCCAUCAGCGACGUCCUUGUCAAUUCAGGAAACCUGAGCUCCUCUGUCACUUCCACGCCUCCGUCUUCUCCAGAACUGAGCAGGGAACCUUCUCAAUUGUGGGGGUGUGGACCUGGAGAACUACCCUCCCCUGGAAAGGUGCGCAGUGGGACUUCGGGGAAGCCAGGAGACAAAGGCGACGCCUCCCCAGAUGGCAGGAGGAGGGUACAUCGGUGCCACUUCAAUGGCUGCAGAAAAGUUUACACCAAAAGUUCCCACUUGAAAGCACAUCAGCGUACUCACACAGGAGAAAAGCCUUACAGAUGCUCAUGGGAAGGGUGUGAGUGGCGUUUUGCAAGAAGCGAUGAGUUAACCAGACACUUCCGAAAGCACACCGGUGCCAAGCCUUUUAAAUGCUCUCACUGUGACAGGUGUUUCUCCAGGUCUGACCACCUGGCCCUGCACAUGAAGAGGCACCUCUGAGGGCGUAGAGGGGUGAAUCCUGUGGGCUACAAGGCUUCCAGGCUGAGACAGCCACGGAAGGAGGGAUGCGUGUUCCAGCCGAAGCAUGCCAUUUUGCACCCUACCCAGUUGCCUCCGGGGCCUCUCCUUUGGAAGGUCUUUUGAGGGCUAACAAAGUUAUGGAAGAAGCGGCAUAGCACCUGCGGUGCAUGGUGUUUGGGUGACCCUGGACUCGCCACUGGUACCUAACCUUCCGAGUGGCUCCUAAGCCUUUGCUGUGAGCAUGCGCACUGAGAAUGUUAAUGGUUGGGUUGAUUGUAUGUUGAGGAUCUAUUACUGAUUGUAUGAUGAGGCAGACUUUUUUCCUUGUGGUAGUCAAACUGCAAGCGACAGAAAAAAAGUAGUUUGAAUGUUUUGUAUGUAAGGAAUAUACCAUGAGAUGAGAUGACCACCAAUCAUUUCCUGGGAGGGUGUCCGCACCUUAGAAAAGAAAAAAAAAAUCAAAAACAAACAAACAACAAAAAAAAAUACACAAAAAAUAAAAAAUAAAAAAAGAAGGCAAGACUUGGAGGGUGGGAGUGGGAACUCAGGACCCCAGAGUGGUGAGUGGUAUGAAGAGGGGGCUCCUCGUCCCCCACUUGUUUUGUAUGCGAGGAACUUUUGAUGUCUGGUGCAGCUAUUAAAACGUGCAAUGUGUCAAGUAGCUUGUUUUACUUGCUACAACAGAGCUCAUUUGUAACCCAUUGUAUAAGCUGUGUAUUUACAAAUAUAACACAAUGAUAACUUUUCCUUCUAAUACAAAGAGUCAUGCAUGGUCUGGGGAACUCUACGCUUUUCCUUUUUAAAAUCAGGACUGCAAUCUUGAUUCCAGUUAAUGAGCAGCUAAGAUACAGUUUGUCUAUAACAGCAGUCCCUAGCCAUCUGGGCCUGGCAAGACACAACGUUUCCCCCUUUAAAUUUGUAACACUCCCUUCUAGAAAAGGCAUUGUGCAGCAUAGGGUUAUUUUUUUAAAAGGUUCUGAUUUGGAAUGAACUCUCUGGAGAAUUUUGUGAUGCCCUUAGAAGACAUUUGGACACGUGAGGUGUCCAAACACCGGGCUGGAAAUUGCUGGUCUAAUAUUACAUUAGGCUAAGAACCUAAAAAAAUGUUCUCAGUUAGGUGGAUAAAACCACUAAAGCUUAGAAACUGUUUUCUCAUGCAGCUAUGAUUCUCUUAUUUAUGCCUUGAGGACUCAUUUCUGGUUUUCUAGCUGUUAAUGCACUGUUGACCUUCAUAAUGGUGCCUUAUGCAAGUGACCCCUUCUGUGGGGGUCUCGUACAGGGGUAAGGGUGAUGCAUGCUUUAUUAAGGCUCUCUUUUCACCUGGCAUUGUACUGUAUCAAUGUAUAAUACAGAAAAGAAAUCUCUUUAAGGUCCUCCUUUCCAAACAGACGAAAAUUCCCUUAAUAUGUCAGUAUUUGUUCAAUAUUUACACCACUUGACUGUCAGUAUUGAGAUGGAAAACAUAAUGAUGGAAAAGUCUGACCAAUUCUGCCACCAUGAGACUUUCAUAUAGACCUUGCACUCCGGCUGUAUUUAAUAUGUAACAUUUUCACACAUAUUAAAAGAUACAGAAGUAUAAAAAAAAAAGUCAGUGUAUUUGCUUAAAAGGCACAAGUUUCACUUAUCUAGCUAUCUGUUGGUAAUACAGAAAGUAUACUACUUUUUUUUUAAAGUGGGCGGAAUUCUUGUGUAUGUAUAUUUGUGUGUAUAGGAUGUGUAUGUGUAUAUAUAUAUUAUAUAUAUAGAUAAUAUAUAAAUAUUUUUUUUAAGGAGAGACUAGAAUGUUUAGCUAGAAAAUUCUACAGCCUGUGAAGAGAUAUUUCAAAAUGGCCAUAAAGGAGGUAAAAAUGAAAACUAUAGCUUUUAUAGAGGCUUUAUCUUUAAUUUAAUGAUUUGCUGAAGACUUUCUUGGCAUUGAAUCUAUUCCGGACUGCCUGCCUCCUCAUCAUGGUUGGCACGUCUUAAUAGGAUACCUUGGGCCGUUCCAAAGUGGCAGAAACACAAUACCGGCACACUGGUUGGACUCAGACACUCUAAGGUUUUGAUUUUUGAAUUUCAGCCUUAUUAGAAGAUCUAACCUAAGAGUAUGCUAAUCACGGGAAUUCUUUUUUAGAACAUUUUUUAUGCAGAUGAAGCUAUUUUUUUUCCCUGAAUGUGGAUUUUUCCAGUUUUUUCCAGAAGUAAUUCCUCCGAAUUGGCAUACCACAGCUGAUAUUUCGUCAAGAUGCUGGCUUG